AUGGCGACCCUUUCACCAACCGCGGCGAGCGUUGGCUCUACCUUGUCACAGCCAAAGGAAUACAGGGUCAUCGGCGUGCUCCUCGCCGUCGGCUCUGGUGUCCUCAUCGGUUCCUCGUUCGUCUUCAAGAAGAAGGGUCUGCUCAGCUCGCAGAAAGGUCAUGAGGCGGGCGAAGGCGUCGCGUACCUUAAGUCGGCAAGUUCUCUCGCGCAUGCCUACCCUAUGUGGUGGACUGGCAUGAUUCUCAUGAUUCUCGGAGAGCUUUGCAACUUUGCUGCUUACGCGUUCGUGGAAGCUAUCAUAGUUACACCCAUGGGCGCGCUUUCCGUGGUCAUCUCGUCACUGCUCUCGCACUUCAUUUUGAACGAGAAGCUCUCUCUAUUUGGCUGGAUCGCGUCCAUUCAGUGUCUCAUCGGUUCCUCAAUUCUUGCCUUGAACGGCCCGGAGGAGCAGAGUGUGAACACUAUCGAUGGCUUCCGCGAAUUCUUCGUGACGCCAUGGUUUCUGAGUUAUGCUGGUGUACUCAUUGUGAUUGCUAUCAUUCUGGCGGUCUGGGUUGCACCGAAAUACGGGAAGAAGAGCAUGUUACCUUACAUCGGCAUUUGCAGUCUCAUCGGAGGCAUCAGCGUGAGCUGCACUCAAGGCCUGGGUGCUUGUAUCUUGACCAGCAUUCGUGGACAGAAUCAAUUCAAAAAUUGGUUUAUCUACUUCCUCAUGAUCCUGGUUGUCAUCACUCUUUUAACUGAGAUUUAUUAUCUCAAUGUAGCCUUGGCCAUGUACAACACAGCUAUGGUCACUCCCACUUAUUAUGUCUUAUUUACGUUCUGUACUCUGGUCACCUCUGUGAUCCUUUAUCAAGGGCUGAAAGCCAGCGCGACACAAAUAAUCACAAUAGUCCUUGCCUUCUUGGUCAUUUGCUCUGGAAUUUUCAUCCUUCAAAUGUCUAAGGUCGACCCUCGGAAGCUGCAGAAGGUUGAUGAGCAUACAACCUUGUGGCUGGAGGUCGCUCGCGCAGAAGCAGAUCCCAACGCCGCACGCAAGGCCACUCUUCGCCACGCCACCUCAUUCAGAUCUCACCAUUCAGAAGUUCGCUCGCGUACCUCGGGCGGGCCCUCACACCACGGACAUGGUUAUAGUCACAGAGACAGCGACGCGGCCCCACAACUUCACUUGCAACACCAUAUCCAGAACGAAGGCAACCCUGAUGAUCUUGAAUGGAGCUUUGAUUCGGACGUGCAGUCAACUCGCGAGAUUGUGGAGAAGUCAGAAGAGCCUGGCAUCGACGCACUGCGCGGGACGUUUGGUGCCAUCGGUACGAUUAUCCGCGCGAAGCGACGCAACAGGGCCCUUUCCGCCGCCAGUCGUGCCACUCACAGUAGCAUGAGCCUUGACACCGACAUCCGGAGCUUGACAAGCGCGACCGUCAGGCCUAGUUGGCUGAGCGGGCACUGGACGACUCCGAAGGGCAGCCGCUUCCAGCCCAUGCCCGGUGGAAGCGAUGUGGAGAAGGGUCGCGUUGAGGUCGUCGAAGCACCGGAAGAGGAGAACGUCACCGAGAAGCCGCGUGCCGAUUCGCCCAUUACGAUCUCCAGCUCGUCCUCGUUUCACUUUCACCCCGCGUCCUCGAGCACGAUCCCACUCAACGCACUUCCCACCCACUCUACCAUCCGUUUCUCGGACGGCUCUGUUUCCUCGGACAGCUUAUUGUCAUCGGAGAGCAAGCACACCAGUUUGACGAGCAUGACGCGGGUAUUGAGCCCCGACCAGGCACGACUGGCCUAG